UUUUUGACGAAGUAGUGGAGCUCACACACUGCUUGGUCACAAUUAAUGGUAACAAGAAGCACAAUUCCCUCAUAUGCCCAGCAGAAACUCAAUGGCAUAGCUCAAACAAGAAUCACAAUAUCCACAUAUUUUUCAGUAUUGUGAAUUAGAUAGCAAAAAGGAAAUUGAGAGAGAAAGAGAGCACAAAAAAUCCAAAGCCUGGAUUUGUGUUGUACCCAGAUUCAGGAUCAAAAUUUUCAUGCACCUAGAAAUUUAUUUGAAAACCCAAAAUUCUUCUUCAUCAUCUACCACCAAUUAUUAAACAAUCAAAUCAGUAUAAUCCUAACAAAUGUCGUCAGGUAUAGAUCCCUACGACCACCUUUGCAUUUUUCUGAACCCUGAUGGCACUCUCACUAGAUUUUGGACGCUCCCAAAGAAAAAAGCAAACCCUAUUGCCACUAUUGGCGAGCCUGUGGUCUCCAAGGAUCACACUCUCAAUGCUGAAAAGAAAACGCACGUCCGAAUCUACAUGCCGACCAUCAAAUUGCCUCCCAAUGAUGACACAAGGAUUCCGAUCAUAAUUUUCUACCCCUUUUCGAAUUGGUACUUUUCUAUGUGGGACACUGAAAGCAACGAUAGGAUAGCCUCAGAGCUCGCAUGCCAGGUUCCUGCUAUUGUUGUCUCCGUUGACUACCGCCUUGCACCAGAGAAUAGGUUGCCGGCGCAAUACCAUGAUGGCGUGGACGCAAUACUUUGGGUGAUGGAACAGGCAUUGAAUCCAAACGGUGAGCAAUGGAUUAAAGAUUACGGAGAUAUUUCAAGGUGUUACCUGUAUGGACAUGGUACUGGUGGGAACAUAGCAUUUUUCGCUGCGUUAGAAGCAACGAGAAUGGAGUUGGAGCCGUUGAAGAUUGUUGGGAAUAUAAUGAACCAACCCCUGUUUGGUGGCAUUGUAAGGACAGACUCAGAGCUGCAACAUUCUACGGACCCUCUCCACCCCUUGUGUGUACAAGAUUUGAUUUGGGAGCUCUCUUUGCCAAUUGGUGAAAAUCGGGACCAUUGGUAUUGUAAUCCGAUAGUGGAGGGCCCGCACACGAGCGCCAUUAGCAAGCUUGGUAAGUGCCUUGUGAUUGGGUUUGGUGAGGACUUCAUGUUCGAUCGGCACCAAGAGUUUAUAACAUUGUUGAGGAGGCAUGAAGUCCAAAUUGAAGCACUGUUCCACGAUUCU